UGUUAAUGAGAAAAUACAAAUUUUGUAUCACUUUUCCAAACACGUAAUUGCGAACACCACUUUCCUAAAUCAAUAAACAGUUACGGUGAUCUUCCUCUUUCUCUCUGUCGGAGAAGCUUUCAGAAACCACAGAUACCGUCACCGUCAUGGAAGGAGGUGGAGGAACGCUCUCUGAGAUUCACCAAACCGCGAAGAAGUUCUUGCUUCGGUCUCGCGACGGCCUCGAACGCCUCGAGCGUCUCGAAUAUUCUGCCACCGCCUCCGCUGCCGUUGCCGGCGCCGACACGGAGUUGUCGUUCGCCGUGAAGAAGGACAUCACUCAGAUCCAAUCGCUCUGCGUUGAGAUGGACCGUCUCUGGCGAUCCAUCGCUGCCAAACCUCAACGCGAUCUCUGGAAAAGAAAAGUGGAGCAAAUAGCUGAAGAAGCUGAAUCACUGAAAGAAAGUUUGGAUAAAUAUAACUUACGGAAUCAGAAACGGAUGAGAGAAGCUAAAGAGAGAGCAGAACUACUGGGACGAGCUAAUGGGGAUUCUGCUCAUGUUUUGAGAAUUUUUGAUGAUGAUGCACAAGCAAUGCACUCAGUUCGCAAUUCUUCCCGGGAGCUAGAAAAUGCCAAUGCACUUGGGGAGGCCAUCCUUUCCUCAAUACAUGGCCAAAGGGAACGGCUGAAGAGUGCACAUCGAAAAGCAUUGGACAUCCUGAAUACAGUUGGGAUAUCAAAUUCUGUUUUGAGGCUAAUCGAGAGACGAAACCGUGUCGACCAAUGGAUCAAAUAUGCAGGAAUGCUAUUGACUGUCAUUUUCUUGUUCACCUUUGUUUUGUGGAGACAUUGACCAUUAUCAGAUGUUGAAAAACUGAAAUUUCAAAGCACAUGUAAGUGAAAUACAAAGUAUAUUUGGCUGAAAUUGGAAACAUUUUUAGAGAAGAGCUUGUGCAUCCUUAGAUAUUUGAUAACAUACACAAGGCUGAUUGUAAAUCGUUUGUUAUUGCCCACGCGUCAGCAAUUGAGCCGAAAACAUAUAUUUUAGGUUACUUUUGGUUCUUAGUAUUUGUUUUUAUUUUCCAGCUUGUUUUAUUGUUUUCCAUAUUAAAGUUCAUAUCCCAAGAGAUGUUGAUAAAACGAGUUUUGAUAUUUUAGAAGUGUAGAGGAUGACUGUUAAAUUAGGAGAAUCACUGGAUUGUACCGAUGGGAAACUGAGUCAGGUCUCAAUUACACCCCUACGCUCCAAAACAGAAACUUAAUUCGUUUUUUCUUCCUUAUGAAAAUAGCAUAUUGUCUCUAAACUUAAUCAUUUAAAUUGUUUCAUUUUAAAUUCUAAUUUCUUUCAAUUAGGUGUUUUGGGACUUGAAAUUAAAAGGUGAACAAAUCUGUACCCUUCAUUUAUAAUUAUAAAUGUCUACCGUUCUUCCAGUGCAUAUCAAUGGGAACAGUGACUUUUGUAACCUAGUUAUGAUAUGAAAAAAGCAUUGAAGGCUUGUCCACCAGAAAUGCAGAGAGGCGCAUGCAACGUUAAUUUUGGACUGGAGUUUUUUUUGCAGUAGUGUUUUCAAUUUUGUCUAGGACAAACUUCAGUGAGGUUUUCAAUGUGCUUUUAGAUCUGUUUGUCAAUAAAAACAUGCAUAACACAAAAUAUAAAUAUUUUAUUUCAGAUAAACUUUAAUUGAUAAAUAAUACUUAAAGUAUUUCAAAAUUAUACUUUAAUUUUGUCCUACGCCUCGUGGUGUGGAUUGGCAGUAAUAUUUUAAUUGGAAACGGGAGAUGGCAAAGCAAAAUUGGAAACAAAACAUACUGCCUUUCAAUAAUUUUGUUUCCAGAAAAAGUGGAUCAAAUGACGUAAAUAUAAAACUCAAAUCUUCGUACGUGGAAGUAUUAGCCUUCCAAGGCGGCAAUUUCUUAAUAUAUUCUCAGGUUUUGGAGCCUAAUUUUCCUGGCAGCGGAUGAUGUAGUAAUAACAUUAUUCUAUCAUAUCAGCAAAAUAUAGAGCUUGAUUGAGUUACAAUUUAUCUUCACGAAUUUUGUUUUGGUUUGGUCUGCAGCAAGGCACCCAGAGUAUUCUCUUGCACUCUUGCUGGAGAUGGAGGGUUUAGUUUCGGCUUGGUUCUUUCGUCUGUUGCUUAUUUUCACUUUUCUGUCAAAUACUAGAAUAGGCUUAGCGUAUUCAAUAUUUCAAUUCCAAAAUAUAUGAGCGGUUUAGAUUUAAGGUGAUUUCUACGGUACCCUUUAAAGGGUACCUCUACCUCCUUAUAUGGUCCAAUAUAUUUAUAACAUUUGUAAAAAAUAUAUUUAACAUUAAAAAAAUUGAUAUUUUUUAUUUUUUGUAAUUGCAAUCCCUCCUCUUUUGAAUGUGUUUGAAGACUGCAGUUAGGGUUCAUUGAAAAUAGAGGGAGAGAGGCCAUUAACAAAGGUGAAGUGAAACCAUUAAUAGAGGUGAAAAUAACUAUGUAUAUACCGAUGAAAGGUAAUUGUAGUGUCAGAAGAAUAAUAUUGUUGCGAUGUCACAUUCCCGGUUCAAUAAUGGUAGUUACCUUAGGUUGAUUUUAUUUUGGGUGCUGGCUUGCAGGUUUAGAAAUAGAGUUGUGACCUUUUGACAAGGAUGAUAAGAUGUGGUUGUUUUGAUAUUGAAGUUCUAUAUUGGUGUGAGGAUGAUGGUGUUGAGGUCUGUGUUUGAUGAGAGAUACCUUGCAGUAGGUUUAUAGUUAAUGACAAAUUUAAUGUAAAAUUUUACUAUAACCUGCCAUUAACGUUGUCUCGGUCAUUGUGAGCCUCUCAUGAAGUCAUCUUUCUUUGCAAAACCCACAUAUGUGAAUUGCUACAAAUUGUUAGUUGUGACAAAACUUUUACCAAUGCUUUGUAUAAUCCAAUCAAUCAAUACUAAAACCCUCUGAAAUCAAUUAGCACCAACGAUGGAAUAUUGGCCGCAAGGAAGAUGAAAUUAUAUGCUCAUUCUGCAUUUAAAUUUUCCGCACAAGAAAGGACCUCUUUGCAAUAUUUAAAAUUAUAACUUAAACUAAAGGACCUCUUUGCAAUAUUUAAAAUUAUAGAUAAUGUAUUUAUUAAAAAUAAAAUAACCUUUUGUUAUUAGUUCACAUAAGAAGGUUAUUAAUACUUUUUUAAAAGUUAGGGUUCAGAAGCAACCACCUAAAUUUAAUUGAAGUGUGUUUUAUUCAUCAGAAAGUUUAAACCCCUCAAAUUAACAAAAUGAUUCACAACAAUUGCAAAACAUUAAGAAUUAUGACAAUCGAACUUCAUAAUAUUUUUAUUUUGUGAAGAACAAAAUAUUUAAGGUGAUUAUAUCUUUUUUCAGCCUAUCAACCAAUAAAUAAAGUGCAUACACUGUGUUACUAAAAGUCAUUUACCAUGAGAACUAUAAUAAUUAGUUAAUUAAUUAAGCAAAGAAGCAAAUAGUGGAAAAUAAAUGAUGUAAAAUAAAUUUUAACUAAAUAAAAGUAAAAAAUAGAUUUUCCUAAAUAGGACAAGCAUAUUUUUAGACAAUGAAUAACGUGAAUUUUACACAACAAUGUUAGAAGAGAACAAGACGACCUAAGACUCUAAACAAGGAGGCCAAACAAAUUUUGAUAGGUUCCAUAAACAGUGAAUUCAGAUUGUCACCAAUUUAGAUGAGAAUUGGACUUCCAGUUUAUUUUUCACUUAAGCAACCCAUUUUCAUUUAAAAUCAUGACAAAAUGGCUUGAAUCAAUUUUCAUAAAACAAAAGGCU